UCAGCUUAGUUUGUGUGGUUUCUCACAAUACGACAGGAUCCAUUGGUUAUGAGCAUGUUGUUUCUUUUUUUCUGACAAUUUACUGUACAGUGAGGCCUCUUCAGCAUGAGUCACCUCUUUGGGUGGUGCUCCAAAAUCUCUGCCUUCUGGCUGUGGGUAGGUGCAGGCCCACGGAGUCAGGGAGAAAGACAUUCUUUUUGACUGCUGGCACUGGCAGGCCAGUUUAGCCACGGGUGGAACCUUGGUGUCUGUCCGUUAGCACUCGGGGCUGGCCUAUGGUGUCAGCGUGUUCCAUACAAACUUCUGUGACAUGGACUUCCUAUGGAUCUUUGGAGGACUGGUUGUUGCCCAGGUUGCUGUAAAGCACCUCCACCACUGCCAGUUGCCUCAGACGCUGGAUAUCUUCCUCCGUUGUGGUCCGCUUGCCUUGCUAGUUGGCAAGGUCUUCCUUGAGAGGAGACUUUGCCUUCACACUCACCAGGAGCUGUCUGCAGAGACUGAGGAUUGUUGUCCAUUUUCUGGUCCCUCUGCUGAUUCCCCGGCACUUAGAUAGGAUAAUGCUGGCUGCUAAUGACCCUGUCAUUCGUGAUUGGGCCUCAGUAUCCCAGUGUGAGAGCAGCCAGACCGAUGCCUAGCCAGUCUCCAAGCAACAGCUACUUUGGAAAGAGUCUCCUCCACUUCUAUCGCUGAGCGUGACAUUUACGGGAUGGAUGCCUUCUAGCCAACCGGCGAGUCCUGCUGCUGCUGCGUGCCUGGCAGCAUCUCUGGAUGAUCACAUGACUCUUGAUAUGGAUGCAGUCCUGUCAGACUUUGUUCGGUCCACAGGGGCAGAACCAGGUCUGGCAAGAGACUUACUGGAAGGCAAAAACUGGGACCUGACAGCUGCUUUGAGUGACUAUGAGCAGCUCCGGCAGGUGCACACCGCCAACCUGCCGCAGGUGUUUAACGAGGGCAAGCACUGCAAGCAGCCAGAGCCAGAGCAGCCCCCUCAGGUGACAAAGGCUGAGCGGCCCUGCCUGCAGAGGCAGGAUGACAUUGCUCAAGAGAAGCGGCUUUCCAGAGGCAUUUCUCACGCCAGCUCAGCCAUAGUCUCUCUUGCUCGAUCACAUGUAGCAAACGAGUGUGGCAAUGAACAGUUCCCUUUGGAGAUGCCUAUCUACACAUUCCAGCUACCAGACCUUAGUGUGUACAGUGAAGAUUUCAGAAGCUUCAUUGAACGUGACUUAAUUGAGCAGGCUACAAUGGUUGCUUUGGAGCAAGCAGGGCGAUUAAAUUGGUGGUCCACAGUGUGUACAAGCUGCAAACGUCUUCUUCCCUUGGCGACAACAGGUGAUGGAAACUGCCUCUUGCAUGCUGCCUCUUUAGGGAUGUGGGGAUUUCAUGACCGGGACCUUGUUUUACGGAAAGCACUCUACACUAUGAUGAGAAGUGGAGCUGAAAGGGAAGCACUGAAAAGGAGAUGGAGAUGGCAACAGACCCAGCAAAAUAAGGAGUCAGGUUUAGUGUAUACAGAAGAAGAAUGGGAACGGGAGUGGAAUGAACUGCUUAAGCUGGCAUCAAGUGAGCCUCGCACACAUUUAAGCAAAAAUGGAGGCACUGGUGGUGGAGUUGAUAACUCAGAAGAUCCAGUGUAUGAGAGCUUAGAAGAGUUCCACGUUUUUGUCUUAGCCCAUAUUUUAAGAAGACCUAUUGUUGUAGUAGCAGACACAAUGUUACGAGACUCGGGGGGAGAAGCAUUUGCACCUAUACCAUUUGGAGGAAUUUAUUUGCCACUUGAAGUUCUACCCAAUAGAUGUCAUUGCUCACCUCUUGUUCUAGCCUACGAUCAGGCACAUUUCUCUGCUCUUGUUUCCAUGGAACAAAAAGAUCAACAGAGAGAACAAGCGGUGAUCCCCCUGACUGACUCUGAACACAAGCUGCUGCCUUUGCACUUUGCGGUCGAUCCUGGGAAAGACUGGGAGUGGGGAAAAGAUGACAAUGAUAACACCAGACUGGCCAAUUUGAUUCUGUCUCUUGAGGCAAAGCUUAAUCUUCUGCACAGCUAUAUGAAUGUAACAUGGAUACGCAUACCAUCUGAGACACGGCAGGCCCCUUUGGCUCAACCAGAAUCCCCUACAGCUUCAGCUGGGGAAGAUGUUCAGUCUCUGGCUGACUCAAUGGACUCGGACCGAGAUUCCAUCUGUAGUAAUUCCAACGGCAAUAAUGGCAAAAACAGUAAAGAAAAAGAAAAGGACAAACAGAGGAAAGAUAAAGACAAAAACAGGACGGAUUCAGUUGCCAAUAAAAUAGGAAGCCUCAGUAAAAGUCUGGGAAUUAAACUGAAAAAGAAUAUGGGUGGUCUUGGAGGCCUGGUGCAUGGCAAAAUGAGCAGGGCAAAUUCAGGGAAUGGGAAAAAUGGUGACACCGUAGAGAAAGUAAAAGAGAAGAAGUCUAAGUCUCGAAAAGGGAGCAAAGAGGAAUCUGGACAGUCUGCAAGCACUUCUCCAUCUGAAAAGACUACUCCAUCUCCUACUGACAGAGCUAGCAACUCACCCAUUGAAAAGAUGAACACUAAAUCUUUCUCUGACAAGCAGUCUGACCCAUGGAAGUACAGCACUGAUGUGAAACUCAGCCUCAAUAUUUUGAGAGCUGCCAUGCAGGGUGAACGGAAGUUUAUUUUUGCUGGCCUUCUUUUGACCAGCCAUAGGCAUCAGUUCCACGAGGAGAUGAUAGGUUAUUACCUGACCAGUGCGCAGGAGCGUUUCAAUGCAGAGCAGGAACAGAAAAGAAAGGAUGCUGAGAAAAAGGCUGCGCUGAAUGGGUCAUCUAACAAGAAACUGGAGCCAGAAGCAUAUUCAAAAGAGAAGUUAGAAGCAUCUCCUCAGGAUAGGGCAUCACCUGUCUUGCCUCAAAGCCAUACAACUCAACUGGUUUUAAAAUUUAAAGAUCGCACUAGUCCCGCUCCUGGGUCAUUUUCUUCACCUAGUAACGGUGCUAAGAGAAGCGGCCCCAUCCCAGUCUCUGCCCACUAUAGCCAUACACCACCUGUUCAAAGGCAAAGUGUCAUCCAUUUGCAUGAUGUCAACUCCAAGCCAUCGAGCUUCCAAGAUGAUACCUACAAGCCAGUUGUUGGCACCUUAAAAACCUGUGCCACGUACCCCCAGCAGAACAGAUCCCUGUCUUCUCAAAGCUACAGCCCAGCCCGGAUAUCUGGAAUCCGUACGGUGAACACAGUGGAAUCGCUGAGCUAUGCCAUGCCUACUGAACACAAGUCUCAGACAUACACAAAUGGAUUCAAUACCGGCGAUAUUAGAGACUGCUUAGAAUAUGCUGAUGAGGAUGCUCCUCAGACCUGGUUGAACAAUGAUAAAAAUCAAGGCAGAAGCACAGUUUGCCCAAUAUAUCCCAUCCAGCAGAACCGCUGUAAGAAGGAUAACUGUUCCUUUUAUGGUCGUCCUGAGACUGAAAAUUACUGUUCAUACUGCUACAAAGAAGAGUUGAAGCGCAGGGAGAGAGAAAGCAAGGGACACAGGCAUUGAGGAUUCUUCUGUGACUAUUUAGUUUUAUCAUUUUCUUACUUACACAGUAAACAGUGUUGAAUUGCAGUAAAAGGAAUCCUUACAAAAAGAAUAAAGGAUUGAUGAGUAAAUUAGUGUCUAGCUUUUCGCUUUUCCGGGGCAAUGAGGAAAUAAUAGGAUUAAUUUAUCAUAAAAAAAAUAUAUAUUAUUUUCCAUUUUGUCAGUGUCUUUUUUACAUAUAAUGGUAAGCUGAAGGGUUGUUUACUUCUUUGUCAGUGCUGUGUAUAUGUUUGGUCAAAAAUUUACUAAUGGUGCCUGAAUUUACACUGACAUCACUCAGGUAGUAGUAUGAUAAGGGAAAGUCAUAAUACUGGAGAUAUGGUGUUGCAAUAGGGUAGUAUCUGCCUUGUAAACAUUUGAAAUUCUAUAGCGAUUAUGAGAGUAUUUUUUUCCUCAGUAAAAGGUAAAUUUUUAAUAGCUUUUUUUUUCUCAGGAGGAUAGUGGUUUUUGCAUAAUGCACAUUUUUAAUAUGGCAGCAUGUUGCAUUAAUACUAAGGUUUGUACUUUAGUCUGAAAUUUUAGUCUGGAAUGAUUCUAGGAAACUGGAAGUGAAAGGUCUGAAUUCAUGAAGGCUGUAGCUUUUCCUAAUUUUAAGUUCUUACCAGUUAUUUCUAUGUUUCCAUGAAAAAGUAGAUUUGAGCCAUUUUUAUUUCUACUGAUUUUUUAAAAAAGUUUUAUAAAAAAUACAUUAUGACCUGCAAGACUUCACUUCCUAAAAAACAAAACAAAAAAACCCUACACAUAGUAUGGUUUAGGGCACUGGAAUCUCAGUACUAUUUUCAUUGUUGUUAAAAUUGGAAGAAAUAUUAAAAUAAAAAAAUUGAGAUUUGAAAAAUUUGAUGGCUAGCUAGGAAAUUUAGGAUUAGUUUAGUGCUGAAUGAACUGCUUGUCCAAACAAAUGUAUCGCAUCAGUGGAUUCCCUUAACCAUUAUAUGAGUUUAAUCAUUAUUUAUUCCUUUUCCAACAUUGUUGUUUGUUAGUCAUUGCAGACAUUACUUCUGAGCAUUUUUUGAUGACACUUGACUCUACCUAUUUUUUUAGUCUUCUCCUGCAGUGAGUUCUUCAUCUGCCAGGAGGUUCCAAGAUGGCUAUAAAGUACCUCCAAGUAUGAUCCUCCUAGUGCAGAUUUGCACAAGUCUGAAAUCCAAAUAUUUAUGUAAGUUUUUGGAGUACCUUUGAAAAUAAAUCUUUGUUCAUAGAAACAUUUCUGUAAAACACACCAGAAAUAAUGUUAAAGUAGAUGUAUGAAAUUAGCAAGUCUUCCUGAUAAUAGCAUAUGCAGUUUUUACACCCCUGUACUGCCUACUGGCAGAAUGUAAUAAGAAGAUACACUUGAAAGCAAUGGUUCAUCUACUGUCUACCUAUGUUUUUUUUCAGAAAGAUCUCAUUUUCCACAAAUAAGUGAAGUGUUGCCUUCAAGACUGCUUGCUCUGCCAACUAAAGGUGCAGAACAUGAGUUUUACCUUACAUAUUAUGGAAUAGCACUUCUCUGGCCUGCACAAAAGAGAUUCUUUCCCAGGAAUCAUUUCUCAUUCUUUUCUGCUGUACCCUAAUUUUUAUUCUUUGCAUGGGUGAUGCCAUUUGACUUGUGUCCAGUUAAUGUUAGUUAGUCUUGAAGCUAAGUGUGAAGUAGUCUGUGAAACAUGAUGCACAAUCUAAUAUUGAUGCUUACUUGCUUUCAGGAAAAGCACAUAGGUGUUUGGUAAUGUCCCACAGAAAUAUGUGAACCUGAGCAUAUGCUUAAAAAUGACCAUAUGUUUAGGUUUUCUCAUGGAUGCGAGACUUAAAGAAUGCUUUCAAAAUAAGUCUGCUAGCUACUUCUAAAAAGUCCGAAAAGCUGUACCAUGAAUCCAGACCUGUACUUCAUAUUUCUUGUAGUAUAGUGAGCAUACACUGGAUGUCACUGAAUUUGCAGUCAUUCAUAAAAGGGCAAUUUUGGUGAGCUUAAUGAAAAGUUAAAACUCCAUGUGACUUCUUUGCUUAAGGUAAGCAGAUUCUAAAUCCCAUGUCUCUGGUUGUAAACACUGGUAAGCAGUGUCCUUUUUUGGUUAACUGUUGUGAUUACAUGCAAAUUCUCAUUGCCAAAGAAAUCUGUGAUUUCAGAUUAUGUUAAAGCAAAUCAGAUUAUGUUAAAUCAAACAUCGUAUUUGAUUGUGUUUGCUGCAGAGAUGGAUAAAAUUGACAGGAUAAAACUUCAUCAAAUGAAGAAAUAUUCAGGUAUGUAGGAAUUCUUAGAGCAUCAGAGUAGCAGUAGCAUUUGAUACUCGGAGAAAUGCUUCUGUGUGAAGUUGUGCUUAAGAAGUAUUACAUUAGCAGCAAACUCCACCAGCCCAUGUAUCUGAGUCAGUUGUAUCCCUUUCUGAAUGAGGAGAAAAAUAACAGCACAUCUGUAAAACCAAGAAAUUACCAUGAGAAUUUGCUGGUUCCCAUUUGUCAAAGGGUUGUUUCUAUAGUAUGUUUUAAAGAUGUACUAUUCCCAAAACAAAUAAGUAUGCAGAAGGCUAAUAUUUAGAUUAUGACUCGCUUAUAAAUUACUGAAUAGAGAUUGUGACUGUAUGUUAGAUUACUUUGAGAAACUAAUUGGUCCUCUGAAUAACAAUAGGCUUUUCUAUAAAGGAUAGUGUUUACUCUCAUCCUUAGUCACUCAAGUAUUUCCAUAAGUAUUAACCAAUACUGUUUGCUCAUUUAAAAAAAUAUUUACGUGAUGUAAUGAUAGAACACUUUUUCGUUGUGCCAGUUUUCUCAGAGUCCUUUUCUUGAUAACUCUUUAUAAAAAAUUUGCUUAAUAUUCCUGCUUGCUUUGAGAACUCUUUUCAAAUAUCCCACGAUUUUCUUGUCUUGUAACAUCUGCUGCAGGCCUAACAUGCAAUUUUUUCAGUUAAAAUCUUACCUGUCUUUUCCUCGGUUGUUUCCUCCCUUCCCCCC